AUGAGGAUUCCCAUUUCGAAUUCCAUAAUCCCUUCCCAGACAGAGAACUCACAAUUGCCAGCAGCAGCAGUUGCCGCUGGCUCCAGACUGCCUCUCGCUGCCGCAGUCCCCACCUUCGGCAAGAAGCGAUGUUCAAGCAGGAAGAAGUCAGAUUUGGAGGAAAUCUACCCUAACUACCUGAUGCAGGCAUUCUUCGGUGACAGGCUGCUCCCAGAAGCAGCAGCAGCAGCUAGCGAUGCGAGUUCUGCUGGCGGAAUGGGAGGCAUUAGCAGCAAGCGAAAACGUCGAAGGCUCUCUUUGACCACUCAAGUGACUGCAGGAAACCGCACGAUGUCAGCUGCCUCUACCGAACAAUUUCAGCCUGGGGAGGCAACAGAUCUCAAAAGACCGGUUCGUCAGCAUUUAUUUACCAUAUAUUGCAGGCUCUCUGGUUCCACCACAGAUAAUCCCUCCCUCUAUUUCUGCACACCGCUAGAUUGCAUUGGUGUUUAUUAA